CAUCGCUUAUUUUCGGAAUGGGUCUGAAGGUGACGUGAUUAUUUCUCCUCUGGGCUGCCAAAACCGGCGGCGAUACCAUCGCGGACGCUCGUCUCUCGCCAGCAGAAAACGUGAUGCCGUCGAUCGUCUGAUCUUCUUUCCGGGAAGAGCCACAGAGACAGAGAGAAAGAGGGAAAGAGCGCCUGUCUGAGUUGCGAGGGGGCCCCACAUGGAGGCGGAGGGGCUAGCUAAUCGGGCUCUCAACGCGGAGGGUGCAGGACUGCUGCGGAAGAUCGCCGACGGUGGGGGGUUCGCGUUCGUGGCGGUGGCGGAGCGGGCGGAGUCCGGAGACGCCGGGGCCGCGGAGACCGCGCAAGAAAUGGCGUGGGAGCAGCUCCACUCGGGCCCCUGGCACGCCGUCGAGCCAGUCUGGCGUGACGCCUACUCUCUCUCCUGCCUACACCUCGCUCGCAUCCGUUACGCCUCUGGCGACAUCCGGGCCGCCCUCCGCGUCCUCGACCUUGGCCUUCUUAUGGGUGGGUCGCUUCUCCGGAGCGACCUUGACGACUCCGUGUCCGUCCUCUCCAAGCUGCCUGCAGCUGCUGGUGCUACGGCCGCAGGGGACUCCAACCGCUCCCCCUCUCCAUCGCCAGGACGAGAGGAUGCUGCUGACGACGGUGGGAGUCCGGCUUGCGCCGACUUCGCUGAUGUGCUUCAAGUUCUUCCAGCUGGGUCGCUUUGUCGCAAGCAAAUUACUAGGACAAAUGCUUUGUCCUUGGAGGGAUUCUUGUGUGAUUAUUUUCUAACUGAAACUCCUGUAGUAAUGAGUGGUUGUAUUGAUCAUUGGCCAGCAUCCACUAAGUGGAAAGACAUGAAGUAUCUGAGAUCUGUUGCAGGUGACAGGACAAUUCCUGUUGAGGUUGGAGAUAACUAUCUGGCCCCUGGUUGGAAACAGGAACUAAUCACAUUCAAUCAGCUUCUUGAAAGAAUCCAAGCCAAUGGGAAUAAUUCUUCGGGUCCUACCUAUCUGGCUCAGCAUCCAUUAUUUGAUCAGAUAUCCGAACUGCGGAAGGACAUAAUUAUUCCUGACUAUUGUACUGCUACUGGUGGAGAUCUGAAGUCUGUCAAUGCAUGGUUUGGUCCAUCUGGAACGGUCACACCACUGCACCAGGACCCUCAUCAUAAUCUGUUUGCUCAGGUAGUUGGUAAAAAGUAUAUGAGGCUAUAUCCAUCAAAGAUAUCUGAGGAGUUGUACCCUUUUGAAGAGUCUAUGUUAAGCAACUCUAGUAAGGUGGACCUGGAUAAUCCUGAUUUUGCGGAGUUCUCCAAAGCAGAAAACCUAGAUUUUACAGACUGCAUAUUAGAAGAGGGCGAGAUGCUCUAUAUUCCACCUAAAUGGUGGCACUAUGUCAGAUCCUUAUCCACCAGCUUCUCUGUAAGUUUUUGGUGGAGUGAGAACAAUCCCACUAAUUUUGAAUCAGAUCAGUAACCAUUUUGAACAUGAUUUCAUUAUUGGUAUGGAUGUGCAUGUGUGUAUGUGAUGCGCGCACACAGUUAUGAGCAUGCCAGCAGAUGGGUGAGCAUUAUGUCCUCAAAUUAAGCUUUUGUAGAUGUAACCUUGACAUACAAAAUGACCGAGUGCUUGAUCUUAGAUUGGUCAAACCUUUUCCCAUCAUUUUUGGCUAGCCAAUAUUAGCAUCCGUUUCUUCUGGUUCCGAUUCAAUAGUAUAAUUGUUGUUGUCGUAGAUCCUGUUUUGUGUGUAUGAUUGUGUGUAGAGUUGCAGAACUAGUUGAGUUGCAUGGACUCAGGCUGAAUUCACCAAAUCUCGGCUUCUAAGUCACAUGGGUAUGUGGGAAGCCCUGGGGAAGCGGGUAUAUGUGGUAGAAUUGUGUCUUGCCUUUUGGGUACCAUAAAACAUAGGCUUUUAAGAGAUUAAGCAGGUUAUCAGUGUCCUCCUGUAACGCUGCUGACUGAGAAUUUCCUGCUUGGAUGCUUAUACCGAACAACUUUUAAGGAUAAAAUAGCCUGUUAAAUUUUGUGUUUUCCUCAUGAUUAUGUUUAUAAUUUCCUGUUGAAUUAUAUCCUUUUUGUACAAAAAGGUAUAAUUCGAGCAAGAUUAGCUUUUUGUAUGACACUAUAGUGCAUUUCGCCACUAACAUUAUUGAGUACUAACUAUCCUUCGGUUUUUGGUGGAUUAUUGUGUAUAUACUUUGCCUGUCAAACUUUGUACCCACAAUUUCGAAAAUGGCAUGUCCGGGUUCGGCAC